AUUCACCUGCUGUUGACCAAAGGGUUUGAGGACUUGGCACAGGACAGGUGGCAUGAGGAUCCAUGCUGGAUUUCUGGGGGCAUGUGCCCUGUUGGGGAAGGCACAUGCUACUGUCCAGAGGCCAUUGGACGCCCACACAUGCCAGCCUACUGGUCUCUGGGAUUUCAGCUCUCCCGCUGGGGUUAUAACAGCAUCGAUGUUUUAAAGCAAACUGUUGAUCGCAUGCACCACUAUGAUAUCCCAUACGAUGUCCAACAUUUUGAUAUCGACUACAUGGAACGUCGCCUGGACUUUACCUAUGAUAAAGUGAAUUUUGCCGGUCUGCCAGAGUUCCUCAAGGAACUGAAGAAGAAAGGAAUGCACAAUGUUGUGAUUCUGGACCCUUUCAUAACCAAGGAUGAGGAGCCAGGCACUUACAGACCUUAUGAUCUUGGCCAGGAAAUGGGAGUCUGGGUGAACAACUCUGAUGGCAUUACUCCUGCUGUUGGGAAGGCGUGGCCUCCCGGAGAGUCUGUGUAUCCUGACUACACCAACCCCAGGACAGUGGAGUGGUGGACCAAGUUGUGCCUGGAGUUUAAGGAUGUCCUUGACUACGAUGGGAUCUGGAUUGAUAUGAACGAACCAUCAAAUUUUGGAAGAGGCCAGAAUCCUGGGUGUGCUGAUAAUGAAAUCAAUAACCCUCCUUACAUUCCUAAAAUUUCUGAUCGUGCCCUGGCGGAAAAGACAUUGUGUCCUGACUCCAAGACUUACCUUGGAGAGCAUUAUAACACACACUCUCUCUUUGGCUGGUCACAGACAAAACCAACUUUCGA